GCCUUGGAUUGCUUCAUUCAAAGCUUCAACAAGAGCUCAUCGCAACACCUUCGCGCAUCCAAACGCCCUCCGACUCUCCACUCCACAGAUCUCAAGAUGGGUAUCGUCGACGCUCCCAACCGCGUGCCUCAGCACCAAAAGUUCUACCAGCAGGCUUACGCCCAGCACACCCGGCUCUGGAAGAUUGGACCCCGAAGCAGCUACCUCUACCUUCCCUACAAGCUCAUCCUCUGGGGAACCUUUAGCUCUUCCUUGUACAUGAUGGGCCGCAAGGUUCUUGGUUACAACUCCUGGUUCGGCAAGAACUAAAUCCACCCGUCCAAGGAGAGAAGAUGGGGACCAUCAGAUUACAUAUCAAACUUCUGGGAGAGGAUACCUCUGGGGGUACUCUGUUUGUUGAUAGAGUGACUGAAUAGACAGGCAUUUCACACGAA